AGAGCUAAACCGAUAAUGGGUGAGCAUUUGCAAUGAGUUAAAACCGUUUUCUGGCAACAUUUGUAGCCAAUUCAUGAUCCCCAGAAAUUAAGAUAUAUCUACAUAUUCACCUUAGAUGUCGCCAAUAUUUGACGAUAGCUGUUGAAUCGGCCAGAAGGGGACGAACUCUUAAAAUUCCACCACGAAACUUUUUUGACAUUUGACGUUUUGUGUUUUCUAAGAUGGCGACGAAAAAAACGCGUCUUUUGUGAAUGUAAUCACAACAAAUUAAAAUUAACGCGAUUAAAUGUGAAAAAAAUUGCAUGCAAAUAGUGAAAAACCAUCCUUAAAAAAGUGCUAAACACUUUGUGUGUGAAAUAGUGUGCAAAAAUUAAGUGAAAAUGGCCACAAAUAUGUAUCGGGUUGGAGAUUAUGUCUAUGUCGAGACAAAUCAGAAUAGCCCAUUUUUAAUACGUCGCAUAGAAGAGUUAAAUAAAAAUCAAUCCGGGAAUGUGGAAGCGAAAGUUAUGUGCUUUUAUAGAAGGCGCGAUCUGCCGAAUCCACUGGUGCAACUGGCCGAUAAACAUCAGCUGGCGACCGCUGAAGAUUCUCCACUGGCUACGAAGCUGAAGAAAACAUGGCUUAGAACUCCAGUAGGCGAAGAGCAAGCCGCACAAGCAGUAUUAGACCCUUCGAUAGCAGCUUUGGAUGAGGGGCUUAAUAGUCCUAUACACCACGGCCCCGGUGGUGUUGGUGGGGCAAACUCGGAAAAAGGUGAAUCACUAACGGCCAAACAACGCUAUCAGAUCAAACAUCGUGAAUUGUUCUUGUCACGCCAAGUCGAGGCACUGCCCGCCACACAGAUACGUGGCAAAUGUUCGGUUACAUUACUGAACGAGACGGAGUCCCUGCAAAGCUAUCUCAGUAAAGACGAUACAUUCUUUUAUUGUUUGGUGUUCGAUCCUAACCAGAAGACGCUACUCGCCGACAAAGGCGAAAUUCGUGUAGGUAGUCGCUAUCAGAGCGAAAUACCUGCGAAGCUUAAAGAUGUUACGAGUGAUGAGCGUAAGUUAGAGGAUCUCGAAACAUUGGUAUGGACGCCACAGCAUAGCCUAAACGAUCGUAAAAUCGAUCAGUUUUUGGUGGUGUCGCGUUCGAUAGGGACAUUCGCACGCGCGCUAGACUGUAGCAGUUCGGUGAAACAGCCGUCGUUGCAUAUGUCGGCCGCAGCAGCCAGUCGUGACAUAACACUGUUUCAUGCCAUGGAUACGCUGCAUAAGCACAAAUACUCUAUUGAAGAGGCGAUGUGUUCGUUAGUUCCUUCCACUGGGCCAGUACUCUGCCGCGAUGAAAUUGAAGAUUGGAGUGCCUCGGAGGCGAAUUUAUUCGAAGAGGCUUUGGACAAAUAUGGCAAAGAUUUUAAUGACAUUCGACAAGACUUUCUUCCUUGGAAAACUCUGAAACAGAUAAUUGAAUACUAUUACAUGUGGAAGACGACCGACCGUUAUGUCCAACAGAAACGCGUGAAGGCCGUGGAGGCGGAGCUUAAACUGAAACAAGUGUACGUUCCGCAAUAUAAUCAAGUGAAUAAGAGCGGAAGUGGCAGUGUCUCAAUAAAAGGAGGUGCCAAUAUAUAUAACGGUACAACAAAUGGUGGUGCGGAUCUUUCCAACAAUGGCAAACCAUGUGAAUCUUGCUCAACUGUUAAAUCUUCACAGUGGUAUCCAUGGACUGGCAGUGGCCACGGUAACAGUCGUCUUUGUCAAAACUGUUUUGACUAUUGGAAAAAGUACGGUGGUUUGAAAAAUGCCGGCAAACACGAAAUCGAUCACGAACCCAAAAAGAAAGUAGCUCCAGUCGUUGUGGAAGUGAUUGAUACCGAGAAAGUGAGCGAUUUGUCUAAUCGCCAAAUGCACAAAUGCCCUAUGGUUAAUUGUGAUAAAGAAUUCAAAUUAAAAACUCAUUUAGCGCGUCACUUCGAUCAGACGCAUGGCAUCGCUCUUAUGUCGGGUUCGCCACGGCCCAUUAUGAAAACUCGCACCGCCUUCUAUCUGCACACGAACGCAAUGACGCGUCUGGCACGCGUUCUCUGUCGAAAUUACAUAAAACCCAAAAAGGCAGCGCGUCAAACAUCGUUUGCGAUUAAUACGCAGCUGGUGAAGCAAGAAUUUACGAAUCGAAUAAAUGACAAAACUGCAGCCGAUAUAAAGAAAAUUUUAUUGAUGAAAAGAAAAAAGCGAGAACGCGGCAGUGUUACUAAAAUCGCAAAUCGUUUGGGCUGCCCUGGCAUUGGACCGCAUGAAUGGUUAGUGUUGACACCAAAGGACAAAAUACCAAAACCCGAUGUGGUCUCAUUUCCCAAACCGCCAAAGGCCGCCGAUGGCAGUUUAUUGUAUGAUCGCGUGCCCAAUAAGGUUUUAGAGCUCGACAAGGAUUUAACCAUUAUACCAGCUCCAGCGCCGGUAGUUACAGCUCCAAUAGCUGCUGCAGUAUUACCUGCGGUAGUACCUGCAAUUUCGCCUGCGUCAGUGCCAGUUACAAAAGUGGCAACAAUCAAUGCGGGGACACCAGCACCCAAAGUGACAGCAGAGCGUUCAAGAACAGUUAAAGAUUUGCCUCCAGCUGCGGCAUCGAAUAGUAGCGGUGGAUCUGCAGCAGCGCGACGUACUGAUUGUUGGCGAAAGCGUGGUCGCGAUCGGAACGAGGAAGCUGCCGAUGGCAUGCUUUAUCCAGUAUAUCCGCCUACUAAGCGCCCUAAUAAAGAUCCCAUGCCUUCGCAUCGUCCAAGCAAUGAGCAAUUUGCUGCAAUGAUGGCUGCGGCGGGUCAUACCUUAACGAGACAUCAUCUAAAUGGCAAACCGAAGCUAGCACAAAUGGGACGCACCGGUAAUGGGCGUAAGCAGGUUAUAAGUUGGGUAGACGCACCAGAUGAUUAUUAUUUUAGAGCCACAGAUGGCAGCAAAAAAUGGCGCAAAACACUUUCACCUGCCGAUCUUCGACGAGUUGCACGCAAACCUUGGCGAGAACUACCAAUCAAAGCACAACAAAUUGCACAGAUGGCACAUGUUGUAGCGACACCAGCUGUGACGGUGAGCAGACAAAUCGAACCGCAAGUUGUAAUACUCGACUGACCGUCGUCAGUGGCAGCAAUAAAAACAAGCACAACAACAACUGGAGUAGUAACAACAACCGCAGUAACAGCUACUGAAACAGCCACAACAGUAACAACGUCAUUAAGCCGCAAUGAGAAAUUUCUGCAGCAGCAGCAGCAGCAACAGCAACAGCAGCAAAUACAAAAGCAACAGCUACAACUACAACAACAAAGCAAAACUACACCACCACAACGUACCCCACCUCCUUUUCCAUACACAAUGGAUGCGUUGCUGAAUUAAAUAUUUGUGUGAUUUAAGCUUCCAAUCAUACAUGGACCCUCCCCCUAUGCUAUAUCUAUAUAGAUCUAUGUGCGCGUGAGAAAAGGUAGAGCGGAACGGCCAACGUGUAGCUUUUGCACCAAUGUACGCUUGCGUAGGUUGUAUUGGUGAUAGCAUGUGUAUAUAAAGAGAAAGCAGUGGAAAUGAUCGACUAAUGAUCAGGCGAAAAUAGUCUGAUUGGUGAGAAAGUAGUUGGCAACGGCGACAAGAAAGUUAUGGACAACGAUACAGUUACAUACAUAUUUACAACAUUAAUAGUGUGUAAUUAAAACUAUAAAAUGAAAAUGCAAACACAAAAAACAAAAAUAUAUAUACAUAUAGAAAAUUAUCACAUAAGCUAAUUCAUCACAACAUAUAUAUUUAUGCAUGGCAUGCAUGUAUUGAAUAUGUGUUGAUAUGUUACAUAUGUCUAUACAGAAUGUGGCUAAACCUCAGUAUAAAAUUAAAACCGUAACUACACAACAGUUACAGUUAUAAAACUAUUUAGGAAAAAAAAAAAAAUUGUUCCAUCAAACUCUAAACAUUAUUUUGGCCGCAUUUGUUGAUUCCAACUUGAAAUAAUUUUAGUUAGUAUUCUAAUUGCCUAUGUUGUCAUUUGCCAUCUCAUAUUUUGCUGCGUAAAAUAGUCUGUCUUCUCAAACGUAUGCCUUUGAUUUACAUCUGCUUUUAGUUUAAGUUUAUAUUUCAUGAAGUAUAGAUUCUUUUACUAUUUUCAAUUUCACUCAUUUUGCUUAGUUCAAUAAGUGUUCAAUGUUAAUUUCAUGUUAUGCCAUAGGGCUUACUGUAUAACUGCAAUGUGAAACUACAAGUGUCACGAAUUGAUUUAUCGUUUUUUAAUUAAAAAGAUUUUGAAAGAAAUAUGAGGAAAUGCUGAAUUGUUUUCCACUGCUAAAACUUAUGUCAUAGAUAUAUAUGUACAAUUCGUCAAUUAUAAAAACAAAACAUAAAACUUUUUUUUAUUUUAUUUCAUAUACAUAAAUAUGUGUAAAAUUACCAUAUUUCCAACAAUUCGCAUCAAAUGUAUGUUAAGUAAAUAUUCUCAACAAUUUGCCUAUUAUCGUGUCCUGUCGUUUCGCACCACACACAGUGCUGCAUAAUUUUAACUGCUUUGAAUAUUUUGUUACAGACAGCUUUCAAGCUCUAAAUGUUGUGUACAUUUUCGUACGUAGCAGUAAAACAUGUUUUAACACAUCAUUAUUUUAAUUUCUAUGUUUUGUUUUGUGUUGUUUUGCCAUUCGGUAUUUGAAAUUGUAAUUACAUUUUGACUUUUUGCUUUUAUGUGCUUUUUGUGUUGUAAAACGCGCUGAACUGAAUGAAGUUAAUUUACAUGAACAUAACAUAGUAAUACACAGAGCCAAACCACAAAAAAAUAACUAAAAAUAACCUAUUUAUGACACUCCACUACACAACCUAACUAUGCGAUUGACCGAAAAUACGUACUUUAAGGCGAUUUAACCAAUUCAAUAUACUGCUUAACCAGAGGCGGUUAAAUGCCUUAAGCCUCAAAAUUGUUAAUUACACUUUUUGAAAACAAAAAAAAAAAUUAAAUUAAAGAUGUUGAAAAUUAUAAAAACAAAUCGCAUAAAAACUCAAACUUAACACAUAAAACGAGCAGAGUAAAAGAAAAAAAAAUUAUUUUUUUCCUCCACUAUAUCUCACAAGGUCGAGGCGUUUUUGUUUGCUUAGGCUUUAACACGAAAUUCAUAUUUGCAAAAGGCUUAAGUAGAAAAGAGCAUUUCAAAGAGCGGCAUUGCAAAUUUCAUUUAGAAUUUUAUACAACAAAAAUAAAAAA